AUGACCUUGUCACAAUUCAGCUCUACGGAGACACUCAAAGACCCCAGGGUCAUCACACAAUCGGUUGACUCCAGCCCUAAUCUGUCACCCACCGAUGAGAAAGACAUUACUGUACCAUCAACACCAGCAGAAUCACUUAACCUCGAGAGCCAGGCCCCCACGCCACCACCUUACCAUGUCUUCCCUCGCUCUCGCAAGCUGCAACUGGUUUGCAUCGUCUCCCUCGCUGCAAUCUUUUCUCCACUAUCUUCCAACAUUUACUUCCCUGCCCUCUCAGAUAUUUCAAAACUUAACGUGUCUAUGUCCCUAGCUACAUUGACUGUCACAAUAUACAUGAUUGUCCAAGGCCUUGCCCCAAGCUUCUGGGGAUCCUUCUCAGACGUUUUGGGCCGUCGAGUAAUCUUCAUUGGAACCUUUGGUGUAUACAUUAUUGCCAAUAUCGCUUUGGCGGUAUCUACAAACUAUGGGGAGCUCAUGGCUUUCCGGGCCCUGCAAGCGGCGGGUAGUGCUGCGACUAUUUCUAUCGGUGCCGGUGUCAUUGGUGAUAUCACCACCUCAGCCGAGAGAGGCAGCUUGAUUGGAAUUUUUGGUGGUGUGCGCAUGUUGGGCCAAGGAAUCGGGCCCGUUUUUGGUGGUAUUCUCUCACAGUACCUUGGGUUCCGGUCUAUUUUCUGGUUUUUGGUCAUUGUGUCAGGCAUCAGUCUCCUCUCUAUUCUGGUCUUCCUCCCAGAAACUCUGCGCCCCAUCGCUGGUAAUGGCACCGUCCCUUUGAAAGGUAUCCACAGACCUUUCAUCUACUCCGUCACUGGCCAAAAGGAUGCCGAUGAGAAUUCCACUCCCAUUGGAAACAAAAACAAAGUCACCUUCAAGACUGUUCUGGCACCACUUACCUUCCUGGGCGAGAAGGAUGUAUUCAUCACCCUGUUCUACGGCAGUAUCGUCUACACUGUCUGGUCGAUGGUCACCUCGUCUACCUCCGACUUGUUCGAACAAAAGUAUGGUCUGAACUCCCUCGAGGUUGGCCUGACCUUCCUCGGAAACGGAUUCGGAUGCAUGACCGGAUCUUACACAAUCGGAUACCUGAUGGACUACAACCACAAGCGGACCGAGCGCGAGUACUGCCAACAGCACAAUCUUCCAAUCGAGACCCGCAUCAACUCCAAGUCUCACCCCGACUUCCCCAUCGAGUAUGCUCGUAUGCGCAACACCUGGUGGAUCACCGCCAUCUUCAUUAUCUGCGUUGCUGUCUACGGUGUCUCUCUGCGCACUCACAUCGCAGUGCCAAUCAUUCUGCAAUUUAUCAUUGCGUACGGAUCCACUGCUAUCUUCACUAUGAACAGUGCUCUCGUGAUUGACUUGUAUCCCGGUGCGAGUGCUAGCGCCACUGCUGUCAACAACUUGAUGCGAUGCCUGAUCGGCGCUGCCGGUGUCGCGGCCUCUCAGCCAAUUAUUGAUGCUAUCAGUGCUCAGUGGACAUUCCUCUUGCUUGCGGGUAUCACCCUCGCUAUGGUCCCUCUCCUGAUGGUUGAGAUGAAGUGGGGUUACGGAUGGCGCCUGGAACGCCACGAGCGUUUCAAGAAGAAGGAGAACAAGGCUUAA